AUGAUUGGACAUUUAACAGGCGAAUUCUUCCACGAUGUCUACGUAAAAUAUAAGGAGCAUCGUGCUUUUGGAAUAUACACGUUUUUCAAGCCAAAUCUGGUAAUCGCCGAUCCUGAUCUUAUUCAGGCGGUGCUGACAAAGGAAUUCAAAAAUUUCCAUGAUCGCGGAAUGUUCUGCAACGAGAAGAUUGAUCCACUGUCCGGUCAUUUGUUUGUACUACCCGGGAAGAAGUGGCGGAAUUUGCGCGUCAAGUUAACACCCACCUUCACUUCAGGAAAAAUAAAACAAAUGUUUGCGAUUCUGAAGACAUGCGGCGAAGAGUUCGUAAAAAGCCUAGAAAGCAUAGCUCAAACAGGAGAUUCCAUUGAGAUAAAAGAUUGGUUUGCAAGGUAUACAACGGAUAUAAUUAUGUCAACAGCUUUUGGAGUCAAAUCCAAUUGCAUAAAGGAAGGCGAUAAUGAAUUUCGAUAUUGGGGAAAAAAGGUCCUUAAAAUGCAUCCUUUUUGGAUUGCCUUAUCUAUAUUCACACCCCAAGUUCUAGAUUUCUUUUCUAUCCCUUUCAAUGACCGAGGUGCCACCGAGUUUAUUACGAAAACGUUUCAGAACAAUGCAAAAGAGUUUUUAUGUUUUAAUGUUUAA